UCACUAACAGGGUGCCAACUUUAUUUAUUUUUGUUCAUUAUUAUUUCUACAAAAUAUGCAAUUGACAACUGUUUAUGUGACCGUGGGCACGACUAGAUUUAAUGCCCUAAUUAGGACAAUGAAAUCGCCAUCGGUUCUGGAUGCACUCCAGAGUCGGGGUUGCCAAAAGCUUAUCCUUCAACACGGUAAUUCUGCCGCCUUACAUUCCGAAGAUGUAAAAGGGAUACUGCUGAGACAUGGGAUUCAAAUAGAGCAGUACAAAUUUCGUCCAAAUAUUGAGGAUAUCAGAUCUGCUGAUUUGGUAAUUGGACAUGCUGGAGCAGGAACUUGCAUGGAUAUACUUAAUAACAAGAAGCCUGGUCUAAUUGUUGUCAACGAUGAACUGAUGGAUAACCAUCAGCUGGAAUUGGCACAGCAGUUGGCAACUGAAAAAUAUUUAUAUUACUGUCGAGUCAGCCAAUUGGCAAAUAAACUGACCACAUUGGACUUUUUACAACUUUUGCCCUAUGAGCCGGCCAAAGAAAAUAUGCAAACAUUUGUAAACGCUUUGAAUGAUUUAAUAAAAGCUAAAUAACUCCUUGAAUAGAAA